CAUUCAAAUCGCGGUCCUGUUCGUCUAAUCGGUUCUUUUGUAUUGAUUCAACGUGCAUAUCUGUAUCUAUAUUCCGACACCAACUACUUCAAGUUUACUUACUCACCUUCUCUAUCUUUUUCAUCAAGCGAAAAUGACAUCCCCAUAUUGACAAAGCGUCUUGCGUUCGAAACUGCUCAAUGUGGACUUCACAUCUUGAUAUGAUGAUGAUGAUGAUUCUGCAGUCACUUUUGAUGAGUUGCAGGUAUGGGAUAUCCAUAUCCACAUACAGUCCGUAUAGUCGACAGUCAUACCCAUAUAUGGGUAUGGUGCAGAUCCAUAAGCUGAGGUCAGGGAACGGCGGUAUAGGAAGAUCUCUGAUCCCGGAGAAUUUGGAAUUUAUCAUAUCCGACAAGCAGGUUGAAGGGUAUUUUUCGAGGGUAGCGGAGCUGUGUAAACCCGUGUGGAAGAUUCAGUCUGCCGCACUGGAGAAGCUCUAUACAGAGCAAGGGAUCUGAGAUCCUGGGUGUUUCUUGUCUGUUCUUGUAUUGAUUUUGUAUCAUGUUCCCCGUGUACAAUAGUGUAAUUCCAG